UGUUCAGUGUGUCCUUGUAUGCAAAACCAACUUGUUUUUGCAUAUUUCAGUGUCUGUGCGGUAUUUUCAGUGCAUGAGCAGCUUUAAUGUUGAAGAGGGAAAUGCCUGAGAAAAGUGAGAUGAAAUCAGCACAUCAUCCGGUGUGAAACUGUAGCACAUAAAUUGAUUACAGUGACAUUUCUUGCACUCAAAAAAUACUGAAUGCAAAGUGAGUGUGGUAAUAUUCCAUUAGCGGGAGGCAACAGAUAAAGAAGCCAGUGGUGACGAUGGCAGCAAUAGUAACAGGCCUUAUCCCCAUCCUGCGGACGGCAGUGGACGCCACCACCACCUACAAGUGCCGCUCCUUGUGGUUCGGCUUCCUGUGCAUCCGCGUGGUGAUCCUUUUCCUGGCCGAGCUGCCCUUCACCAAACUGGAUGGUGAUUUCAGCUGCAACGGCACCAAGGACAGCAUCUGCACCAGAGCCUGUUUUAACAGACUUUUCCAUAAACCUAUGAUGGUGGCCUGGAACUUCAUCUUUGUCCUGGUUAUCCUCUCUGUCCUGCUCAUGGAGCUGUUCGCCUCUCACCUGCGCUCCCUGACUCGGAAGAGGAGCUCCCAGGUGAAGGCAGAUGUGGAGCUGGAAGACCAGGGAAAAGAGGAGGCUCUGGUUGUGUCCAUAGACAGCACGGGCAAGGCGGUCAUCGAUCUCCACAGAGACAAAGGCACCGUGGUCUUCUACCUGUUCAGCAUCAUGCUGCGUAUUGUGGUUGAAUCUUGGUUUGUUUAUGUUCUACUUUUCUGGAACCUGCCGGCGCUGAAUAGUGGUCCAUACAGAUGCUCCACAGACAUCUGCUCUGAGUUACACUUGUGUGUUGUGAGGGCUGCCCCAGAGAAAUGCAUGUCUAUUUAUGCUUUGGCUUCCAUUUCAGGCAUCAUUAUUAUUUGUUCCCUCUUAUUUUGUAUGUACUCCAUUGUUCACUAUCUUUUCAACUGUAAAUGAAAUACUGUGUAAUAUUAUGGUUUCAGUGGAUUUAUGAACUCAAAUUCACUAUUUUUUAAUUGAUCUUCUUAAUAGCUUUCUGUACAUUUUGUACAAAGUAUACACAACAAUCCUUCGCUGUUCUUGUGUGAUUAAAUCUUAAGCCACAUCUUCAAGUUUGGUGCAAAGAUAUGACAUAUAUUAAAACAUCAUUACAGAAUCAUGCUCAGA